AAACAGCCGGUUGGGGGCGUACAUCCCCCACAGAGCCUCAGCUUUGACCUGUAGCGGCUCGGGCGGUAGCGGCCGGAGGGGGAGACUGUGUUCUUUUGUGUGGCAGCUCAGAAUGAUGGAUCAAGCCAGAUCAGCAUUCUCUACCUUGUUUGGUGGAGAACCAUUGUCCUAUACCCGGUUUAGUCUGGCUCGGCAAGUAGAUGGUGACAACAGUCAUGUGGAGAUGAAACUAGCUGCAGAUGAAGAAGAAAAUGUUGACAAUAACAUGAGGGAUAAUGGUGCCAGUGUCACGAAACCAAAAAGGUUUAAUGGAUUUAUCUGCUAUGGGACUAUCGCUAUAAUCCUCUUUUUCUUGAUUGGAUUUAUGAUUGGCUACUUGGGCUAUUGUAAACGUGUAGAAGCAAAGUCUGAAUGUGAGAGACCAGCAGGAACAGAGUCUCUGGAGGUAGAGGGAACUGAACCUUCAGAAACAGAAGAGUACUUUCCUGAAGCACCUUCUCACUUAUUUUGGUCGGACCUCAAAACAAUGCUGUCAGAGAAGCUGAGUAACACAGAGUUCACCAGCACCAUCAGGCAGCUGAAUGAAAAUUCAUAUUUCCCUCGUGAGGCUGGAUCUCAAAAAGAUGAAAGCCUUGCCUUUUUCAUUGAGAACCGAUUCCGUGAGCUUCAACUUAGCAAAGCCUGGCAUGAUGAACAUUUUGUUAAGGUUCAGGUCAAAGGCAGUGCUUCAAACUCAGUGACCAUAGUGGGCACGAACAGUGGCAUGGUAUACCUGGUGGAGAGUCCAGAGGGCUAUGUGGCAUACAGUAAAGCAGCGACAGUUACUGGUAGACUGGUCCAUGCUAAUUUUGGCACUAAAAAAGACUUUGAGAAUUUAAACUCUCCUGUGAAUGGAUCUUUAGUGAUUGUUAGAGCAGGGAAAAUCACUUUUGCUGAAAAGGUUGCAAAUGCUGAAAGCUUCAAUGCAAUUGGUGUCUUGAUAUACAUGGACCAGGCUAAAUUUCCCAUUACUAAUGCAGAGAUUCCAUUCUUUGGACAUGCCCAUCUGGGAACAGGUGACCCAUAUACACCUGGAUUCCCUUCUUUCAAUCAUACUCAGUUUCCACCAUCGCAGUCAUCAGGAUUGCCGAAUAUACCUGUCCAAACAAUCUCCAGAGCCACUGCAGAAAAGUUGUUUGGAAAUAUGGAAGGAGACUGUCCUUCUGCUUGGGAAACAGACUCCUCCUGUAGGCUGGAAACCUCACGGAACUGGAAUGUGAAGCUCACUGUGAACAACGUGCUGAAAGAGAUAAGAAUUUUUAACGUGUUUGGAGUUAUUAAAGGUUUUGAAGAACCUGAUCGCUAUGUUGUAGUAGGGGCUCAGAGGGAUGCCUGGGGUCCUGGAGCUGCAAAGUCUAGCGUAGGAACAGCUCUCCUCUUGGAACUUGCACGGAUACUCUCUGAUAUGGUCUUAAAAGGUGGCUUUAAACCGAGCAGAAGCAUUGUCUUUGCCAGCUGGAGUGCUGGAGACUUCGGAGCUGUUGGUGCCACUGAAUGGCUAGAGGGAUACCUUUCCUCCUUGCAUUUAAAGGCUUUCACUUACAUUAAUCUGGACAAAGCUGUUCUUGGUACCAGCAACUUCAAGGUUUCUGCCAGUCCACUGUUGUAUUCGCUUAUUGAGAAGAUGAUGAAAGAUGUGAAACACCCAGUUACUGGGCAGUCUCUUUAUCGGGACAGCAAUUGGAUCAACAAAGUUGAGAAAUUUUCUUUGGAUAAUGCUGCUUUCCCUUUCCUUGCGUAUUCUGGAAUCCCAGCAGUUUCUUUCUGUUUUUGUGAGGACACAGAUUAUCCUUAUUUGGGUACUACCAUGGAUGUCUAUGAGAAACUCAUUCAGAAAGUUCCUCAGUUGAACAAAAUGGCACGUGCAGCAGCAGAAGUAGCUGGUCAGCUUAUAAUGAAACUUACCUAUGAUCUUGAAUUGAACCUGAACUAUGAGAUGUAUAAUGACAAAAUACUUUCAUUUGUGAGGGAUGUGAGCCGAUUCAGAGCAGACAUAAAAGAGAUGGGUCUGAAUCUACAGUGGCUGUAUUCUGCUCGUGGAGACUUUUUCCGUGCCACCUCCAGACUGACAACAGAUUAUAGGAAUGCUGAGAGAACAAACAGAUUUAUCAUGAGGGACAUCAAUGACCGUAUCAUGAGAGUGGAAUAUCACUUCCUCUCACCCUAUGUAUCUCCGAGAGAGUCUCCUUUCCGACAUAUCUUUUGGGGCACUGGCUCUCACACUCUGUCAGCAUUACUAGAGCAUCUGAAGCUGCGCCAGGAAAACAUCAGUGCUUUUAAUGAAACACUGUUUAGAAACCAGUUGGCUCUAACAACUUGGACUAUUCAAGGGGCUGCAAAUGCCCUCUCUGGUGACAUUUGGGACAUUGACAAUGAGUUUUAAAUGUGGUACCCAUAACUUAUAUGAGAACAGCAGGGUAGUGUGAUUUUUAGACUUGUGCUGGUUGUGCUAAAUUUUUAGUAGGGCUACAAAACCUAAUAUUAAAAUUCUACCCAGCCAUCUUGGUACCACUAGAUUUCUUUAGGCAGCAGCUUUUAAUACAGGGUAGGUACCUGCACUUCAAGUUAAAGUGAAUAACCACUUAAAAAUGUUCAUGAUAGAAUCUUUUCUCUGAUUAUCUCUAAAAUUUUAAAUGUGUUGUAUGGUAACUGCCUCUUUCUUGUUAGAGUUAUGACAAAGUCAGAACCAGUUACGUAAACUAUUGCUCUAAAUCCUAAGGACAUGAACCGGUAUCUUCUAAGUGCGAGGGAGGUGGUGUCUCCUGGACGCUGGAAGUGGUAGCUUAGUGGGAUCCUCCACCUGCACUUGAUGCUGGAUAGGAGAUACCAGGUUGUAAGACUUUAUUCUCCAAAUGAGAUCUAUGCCUUCCGUAAGGAUUUAGCUGGUUUCCACAUCCCUGAAUGAAACAGUUAACUUUCAGAAGAGAUGGGACUUGUUUUCUUGCCAGUGAGGUCUGAAACAGAGGUCCUUCCGCUAGAUAAAGUGAGGUUCAACUGUUUAUCACAGGAGUAAGGCCUUAAUGUGUUAACCUCAAGAUUAUUUAUGAAAAGAGGAGACCAGAAGCCAAAGACCUAGAUUUUCUUUUCCUCUGCCCCUGCCCCAUAAGCCUUUGUAUUAGUUUUUUGUCGUCUUUGUGUUUCCCAAAGUAUUUUGAAAGAAAACCAGCUUUAGGUGUUUAAUUUCAAACUCAGUUUGUCAGACUUUAAAGAACACGCUGCCAAAUUUUGGCCAAAGUGUUAAUUUUUUGGAAAAGCUUUCUAUCAUUUUGGCACUGAGAUAUUUAUUGUUUAUUUAUCAGUGACAGAGUUCACUAUAAAUGGUGUUUUUUUUAUAGAAGAUAAUUAUCGGAAGCAGUGCCUUCCAUAAUUAUGACAGUUAUACUGUCGUUUUUUUUUUAAUAAAAGCAGCAUCUGCUAAUAAAACCCAACAGAUACUGGAAGUUUUGCAUUUAUGGUCAACACUUGAGGGUUUUAAAAAACGGCCACACGCCAAAUAAAAUUAUAAAGCUAAAUAUUGGUGAAGAAUUCAAUUGAAUUAGGAGUUGCUAAUCAAGUUAGAAUUUUAGUCAACCAGAUAAAAAUGGCAGUUCUUAAAGGGAAGGAAUUGUGACUAAGUUAUACAUUAAUGUCACUUAAAGGCUGUGAUACUCAUACAUGUGAAAUUUUACGGCUCAAUUUAUCCAAGGUGUAACUUUAAUUCGAAUUUUGCAAAAUUUCCAGUACCUUUGUCACAAACGUAACUCACAUUAUCGGGAGCAGUGUCUUCCAUAAUGUAUAAAGAACAAGGUAGUUUUUGCCUACCACAGUGUCUAUAUCGGAGACAGUGAUCUCCAUAUGUUACACUAAGGGUGUACGUAAUUAUCGGGAACAGUGUUUCCCAUAAUUUUCUUCAUGCAAUGACAUCUUCAAAGCUUGAAGAUCGUUAGUAUCUAACAUGUAUUCCCAGCUCCCUAUAAUUCUCUUUUAGUUUUAGUUGCAGAAACAUUUUAUGGUCAUUAAACAUUUGGUGGGUGAAUUCAACCACUAUAAAAUAAAAUUACUUCAUUCGAGAGUCUUUGUUUUUAAACCUAAUGUAGUGUUUUAUUAUAUUUGUGGUUUCUCCAGGUCUUCUGUUUAGUGGGAUGGUAGUCCACAUUUACAAUGUUUGCUGUUGACAAAUGAAUUUAACUUUAUCCCCUUAUUUGCAUGUCAUGUCCUGGAAACUUAGUUCACACAAGUUUAUAUCCAGAAUUGAUCUUUUAGCUUAAAUCAGGGGAAACUUGUAUAGGAGACUCAGGGGGCUGGGGGAGUGAAAUGUGUAGGGAAGCAAAGCUUGCAAAAGGAUCCUUGAUCAUGUCUCCCUACCCGUUAGUAUAUGGUGGUUUUAAGUUAAACAGAGAUGUGAACAAGUAAGUUUGAAGCUACAUGAGUAAAGACUUUAUUUUCUAGUCCACCAUCAUUAUAAACCUGAUAAUCAGUUGUUUGUUAUAGGGCAGUUCACCCUAAGAAACUGCCACCUAAGAAAAAGUCCAUAGACUUAACGUCCCUUACCGAAGUUAACAUAGGUCUAGAUUAUUACAGCCUCACUGAAUUGUUUCACCUGCUCAUGGUCUAUUUAGUCUUCACGGUGUUUUAUCUUGAACUGGUGUUUAGUGUAGCUAAGUGGAAAGGUCAUAGCUGGGAUUCCUGGUUUGGGUAUCAUGCUUUACCACACUUUAAUGAAAGCUCAGUAACUUCAAGACAUACUAUGAAUAUGGGCAUACAUUUUACAGCAGUAGAUCUCUUCAAAUACCUCUUUUCUGUAGUGAGGAUUGAGUUAUUUCUAAUCAAAAAAGCCAGUAAGUGGUAAGAGGCGUAAUAUUUCUGAAUGAAAUGUGUAUCUGACUAGUGACAACCUGCUGGACUUCAGAUUUUGUCUGGUUAUAGAUAUCAGGUGCAUUGUGAAGGUAAAGGAUAAAUGAGCUCUAUCAUGAUUCACUAUUCUAUAACUUGCAUGACCUUUACUGUGUUUCCUCUUUGAAUGUUCUUGAAAUUUUAGUUGGCUAAACAUGGCUUAUUAGACUUGCCAACCUACUGCUCAUCGAUAUCUUUGUAAACAAAUGAUAUGCCCUUAUAAUUGUGUCCAAACUGGUAUGUGCAACAGUGUGGAAAUUCCUUAUCUGAUUUAAUAAAAUGCUUGAACACGGA